UUAGCUGCGGAAAUGUAUACUUUGUUCCAAUAGAAAUCCGCUCAGUGCAUCGAGUCUAUUGUUGGCUAGUGAUCGUUCUCAAGAGUUAGAGGGAAAAGCUUGAAAUGAAAAUGACUUUAUACGUAAAUCGUGUCAUACGUGUACCUACCUCUAUGGGAAACUUUGUAACUGCAUCGCACGGCAUGGAGGAUUUUACUGAUCAAAGAUAUUGCGUGCUUAUAUAAGACGGUAUUCCGAGCACACCAUCUCUAAAGAGACGCAGAGAUGCUCGAUUCCUCUUCUCUCUCAAUCUUUCAAGAUGUUCUUUCCAAGCAGGCUGACAUUCAACUCAACGGGGCGCGUCCGUGGGACCCCAAAAUACUCCACCCUGAUUGUUAUGAGCGAUGCAUUAGAGAUGGUUCCUUGGGAUUCGGCGAGAGUUACAUGGACGGCUGGUGGGAAUGCGAGCAACUCGAUGGCUUCUGUUAUAGAGUCUUAAAGGCUCGCUUGGAUGAAUUUCAACCACACAGCAUACACGACGUCAUCAAAAUGAUCUACGAUCGGUUUUUCAAUCCCCGAGCGAACACGGUAAUCAAACAUCUACCUAUCAGGAUGAACGACAUUAUCAACGUUUUGUCUGUUAAGUUGUUCAAUCUCCAAACAAAAUCCCUGGCGUGGAAAGUGAACGAAUUGCACUACAAUCUCGGGAACGAUCUCUUCGUUCGGAUGCUAGGUCCGCACAUGCAGUACUCGUGCGGCUAUUGGCGGAACGCGACGACUUUCGAGGAAUCGGAGGAGAAUAAAGUUCGCCUGAUCUGCGAGAAGCUUCACCUGGAGCCAGGGAUGCGCGUCCUGGACAUUGGUUGCGGUUUCGGGGGGUUGGCCGCGUACAUGGCUCGGAACUAUGACGUCAGCGUGACAGGGAUCACCCUCUCCAAGGAGCAGGCGAGGUUCGCCCGGGAGCACUGCAAGGGCCUCGACGUGACCAUCCUCCUGAGGGACUACCGGGAUCUGGAGGGACAGUUCGACCGUGUCGUCUCCGUCGAGAUGAUCGAGCACGUGGGCCCGAAGAACUACGCGAACUUUUUCGACGUGGUCGACCGCUGCCUCGGCCCUGACGGGAUCUUCGUCCUGCACGUGAUCUCGUCGAACAGAACCGUCGAGAAACAUGACGACUGGUUCGACAAGUAUCUCUUCCCCAACGGGUGCUUUCCGUCCCUCAAGCAGCUUGCCGAGGCCAGCGAGCCCUUCUUCGUCGUGGAGGAUCUGCACAACAUCGGCGCCGAUUUCGACAAGACCAUGAUGGCGUGGUGCGAGCGUUUCGUCGACGCUUGGCCGGAGAUCUCGCAAAGCUACGAUGAGCGUUUCAAGCGGAUGUUCAUAUACUAUCUCAAUUGUGCCGCUGGUGGGUUCCGCGCUCGAAGAGUUCAAGUUUGGCAUGUUGUCUUCAGCCGCGGGAGAGAGGGUGGAUUGUGCGUUCCUCGCUGAGCAGGGAUACGCAAGAGGAGCGAAGUUAGGUGUGCCUUAAAAACAUCAGUUCUGCCGUACUAAGGAAAAACGUCUUCGGGCGUUGCUAAAUUUCUCUCGGCAAAUCACUAAAUUUCAGGAAAA